AGUGCGGCUGCGCGCGAGGCGCCGGACGCGCCGGCGCGCAGAGGGGGCGGGGUGAAAGGUCACAGCGCGGCGGCGGGUCUGGCUGGCGGCAGCUGCGGGCGGGAGGCAAGAGCCCCGUGUGCACGUGUGGAGAAGCGUCUGCACCAGCGCGGCGGCGGAAGACACCACUGCCGCCUCGGGAGACUCAGGGCCGCGCUCGACUCUCGCGGCCUCGGUCACCCGCUCAGCUUCCUGCCCAAGGCGAGGAGGCCAGCUUGCGGGGUUGGUGGCCAGAGCUGAGGGCGCGGAAAGCUCAGGGCGGCGAGGACUACGGCGUUGAUAUCGGCGGUAACGACGGCCUCAGUAGGCGGGGAAAAUGAAAGGCCGGAUCGAGCUGGGAGAUGUAACACCACACAAUAUUAAACAGUUGAAGAGAUUGAACCAGGUCAUCUUUCCAGUCAGCUACAAUGACAAGUUCUACAAGGAUGUGCUGGAGGUUGGCGAAUUAGCAAAACUUGCCUAUUUCAAUGAUAUUGCUGUAGGUGCGGUGUGCUGUAGGGUGGAUCAUUCACAGAACCAGAAGAGACUUUACAUCAUGACGCUAGGAUGUCUGGCACCUUACCGAAGGCUAGGAAUAGGAACUAAAAUGUUAAAUCAUGUCUUAAACAUCUGUGAAAAAGAUGGCACUUUUGACAACAUCUAUCUGCAUGUCCAGAUCAGCAAUGAGUCAGCAAUUGACUUCUACAGGAAGUUUGGCUUUGAGAUUAUUGAGACAAAGAAGAACUACUAUAAGAGGAUAGAGCCUGCAGAUGCUCAUGUGCUGCAGAAAAACCUCAAAGUCCCUUCUGGUCAGAAUGCAGACGUACAAAAGACAGACAACUGAACAAAUAACAAAUGAACUUUCUUGCACUUGCUUGUCGCCAAAUAAAAGAGAGGCCCAUUGAUUUUUUUCCCCCAUCUUUCUUUUAAAGCUUUUUAUUCUCCUAGUUCUUGUUUUUCCUUCUUUUCUUUUCUUUUUCUCCAAAAGUUUAAAACAUUCAAGGACUUUAAAAAAUAAUCAUGCUUGGAUUGUUUUAGUUCUCUUAUUUUUGUGAGGUGGUUCGAUUGAAGGAAGGAGAAGGUAGAGCUGUUUGAUUUGAUGGUUAAGAUAUAUGGUCCCAAAAAGUUGGUUGUCAAAUAAUUUCAAAUUUUUUAGCUUUUUUUUUUUUUUGAUGUCCUGCUUUCACAUUGAAGGGCAGAGCCUACAAAAUAUUGUAUAUUUCAAAAGGCAAAAAGAAGCAGCAGCAAUAUCUUGUUCUCUAAUUAAUAGACAAGUUUUGUGUGUUUGUGGUACUUUGGAUUUUUUAAGAUUUUUGUGGGAUACAAAUCCCUAGACAUUGCCUUCACUCCACCUUUAGUCCUUCUGAGCACUCUCUCAGAAGUUGGACCAUUGUUAUCCUUGUAAGAAAUACUAAGCUUAUUUUGAUUUUUUUUUUAAGCAAUUAUUUCUUCUCUUCUUGCUGGUGGGUGGGGCAGUUUGGGUAGGUAGUGUUAUACUUUGGUCUAAGUAUUUGAGUUAAACUACUUUUUUGCUAAUGAGUGGGCUGGUUGUUAGCAGGUUUAUUUUUCCUGCUGUUGAUUGUUACUAGUGGCAUUAACUUUUAGAAAGUGUGGGCUGGUGAGAUUAAUUUUUUUUAAUAUCCCAGCUAGAGAUAUGGCCUUUAACUGACAUAAAGAAGUUUUUUGUGAUUUAAUUUUUUUUCUACUGUCAUUUUUCUUCAGUAAACCCAACAAUAGUUAGUCUAACCUUAAAAAUGGAGUUGAUGUCCUUAUAGGUCACUACCCCUAAAUAAACCUAAAACAGUUGUUUUCUCUUGGACAUAUUAAAAAAUACCUGCAAGGAAGCUUAGAUGGACUUGUGGCACAAUAAAUGCAUUAAAUGUCAACUAAUGCAGGCUGUUAAAAGUGUGGCCACUGAGUGUUUGGUUUUAUAGGAAAGCAUAUCUAGACAGUAUUUUUGAGAAUAACGUAGCUAAUUGCUUAUCUGUUGGAGAACAUCCCAGAUUUGUUUACACUGUGUGCCUACAAUAUUGAGUUUAAGGAUUUGGGGUAAGGGGAAUUGUUAAACAUACUGCUUCUAUUCUUGGAAAAGUAGAAGUAUAAAGUGUUAAUAAUGCAGAUGUCACUGUGACCUCCUAUACUGACAGUACUGAUAUAUGCCAAGAUCAUUUUCUGGCACAUAGGGAUUAGCUUUGACAGGUUGCUAACUUUUUGUAAGAUGGGAAACAUCUGAAAUAUUCAUGUUUUCUUCCCGUAGUCCCAUCUCCAAUAUUUAGAAAUUUUUAGAUUACCAGUACUGAUGGCCCAAGAAAUAUCUCAAUUACACUUUAAAACAAUGCAUGGGCUUGAGUUUUCUGUCAUUAGACUUUAAAAGAAAGUUUGAUUCAUAAUAUUUAUCCUCUUAUGUAAAAUUUUGGUGUAAAAGUCUCAUCUCCAAAUAUGUUAAAUGACAGAAUUAUUUUAUAAAAUGUUUAUGCACACUUUAUAACCUUAAGUUUUUAUUUGAGAAUGUGAAAGUACAAAGUACAUAGACUUAAGCAGUCUUGAGUGCCAAGAAUAACACAGAAGAAGAAGAUAGUUGAUAUAGGGUUCUAAUCUUAAAAUGGUAAAAAUGUAGACAGACCAUGCUGGUGUUUUGGGUAUCAGUUUCUUAAACAGUCCAAAUCUAAGCUUAGAAGAAAAGUUUAGUGUUGAGCACCUUUACCUUCAUAGAUAAGCUUCAGCUUGCUCUUGCCAAGAGAAUAGUGCUUGAGUUACAGAAGGCGUAAUUAGUUUGAAGAAUUCAGCCUUUUUGUAAACUUUCAAGAUAUCAAAAUAGAUUUUGAUAUAUAAAUGAGUUUUCUGAGAUGACACUGCCUCAAUUUCUAUAACCAUUUCACCUGGACUAUCUAAUCAGUCCUAUGAAUGUAUCCCUAAGUGUGGUUAUUAAAAACCGAAUAGCUGCCUCAUGACAAUUUAAAUACAUGUUAUUUAAGGAAGAAAAAAUAUUAAAUUUUGAAUUGAGUGUGUAGGCUCCCUAUGAUUAUAGAGUUUUGUUUUCCACACUAGUCAAUGACUUAAUAUAAAUUGUAAAUGUUUGUAAAGGGUCGAUUGUCCUACAUCAAACUUGUAUUAAAUGAUUCCAUCCACUUAGGAGGAGGAAGAUUUGGAAGAGGUAGAAGCUGGGCACUAGUUCAUACGCCUGUGAGUCAGUAAAGACUGAAGUAAUGUCCCAUCUGUAGUUGGUUAUUUUGAUAAAAGUGUCUUUGAGGUAAAACAGUUCUAUUAACUGGAAGAUCACAGGAUAUUUCCAUCAUAUUUUUCAGUACAAAUAGAUUUAUUGUGGGGCAAAUAGGUUAAAAUUAUACUGUAUGGUAAUUGCAUUUAGGUUCUAAAGAAAAGAAUCUGUAGAGAAAUCUAUGCAAUAUAUAGUUUGUCCAGAUUAGUUUUCAUUUGGGGAAUGAAGUUCUGCAGUAUCUCCAAAGCAGUUUAUUCAUCAAUUGAAAGUCCUCCAAAAAGAGAACUAUUGGGAAACCAUGGUGUGUGGUGGUGGAAAAGAAAAGCUCCCUCAGUUUUUUGGAGGGAAUAACUUUAAAAAUACUUAAAUGGCUGAGUUUACUUGGUGCAGUUAAGAAUUAAACUUGUCAAUUUUAACAUUGCUGUUACAUCUGAAAUAAAUUUAUGUGAUGUUCUGGUAGU